CAGCCGCCGCCUCAGCUCCCGGUGGGUCCCAGUCACAAACUCGCCAACAACUAUUACUGCAGCCGGGACGGACGCCGAGAGUCUCUCCCGCCCAUCGUGGUCGCGGCAGCACAGAAAACCCUUGCUGCGGGGGCUCAAGCUGGCAGUUCAGGCUCUGCAGUGACAACAGCUGAGAAAAAACCGGUGACACCAGGACCAGUACUUAAGAAGUGGGAAAUUUCAAAAGACCAGCCCUAUUUAUGA